AUGUCCUCGAAUUUCUUCAAUAGCAACGAUAAGGCGUCAAAACUCCAUAUACCACAACCCACUCCGAAAUACCCUUUGUCCUCUCCAAUCAGUGAUGACCAGAUCUCCAACCGAUCUUUCGAGAGCAAGAGAACGGCCAGCUCAUUAGACCUCGCCAGUUCACCACACAGUUCACAAAAUCCUUUCAGUGAGACCGAAAGCGGCAAUACUAGUGGGCAGGAUGAGUUUCACCUUGAGAGGUACAGCGAGUCCUCGACAUUGACAAGAAAUGGUCCUGCGAAUGGCAUUUCGGGAAAACCUAGCAGAGAUGGUCAGCAAGGGCAGAACGCAUCAGAUACCAAAAAGAAAAGGCCAGGUCUAAACCUUGUAACCAAAUUUUCGAAAACCAACCAGCAUGCGCUGGCAGAGCAUCCUACAGUAAACCGAGUGCCUGUUCGGCAGCCAAAGCGGGGGGAAGGCAAGAGUGCGUCGACCGCGGAAUCGCAGACAUGCGUCCCAAGCUUGGGAGAGGAAGCCCGUUUUGCGAAUUCUGGUUUUAUCAACCUGAACGAUCUGGAAGGGCUACGGAAAAACAAGAGGAGCAUGAAUAUGCCUAAAGCCGGGAAAGGGCAAACGAAAUGUAAGACCAAUGUUUACAAAGCAAGCCAAGAACUAGGAGAACAGGAUAAAAAUGGUUUCAACGUCGAGACGCUGUCUAAUCCAGCUUUGCGGAGACUCUUUCGAAAGGAGCCGGCUGGACCUUUGAAGAGAGAGCGAAGCAAGGGUUCACACCACCUCCAAGCACCCGAGCAGGAGCCGCAUGAGAUUUCUCCUACGGCACGAUCGGUCAUUUUUGGUAUCAGCGUGCCUGAGAACGAGGUGGAGGCUCACAAGCCCAGCGACGAAGCAGGCAGUGCGCUAACUCUGCAAACACCUAUCACACCAAGUAUUGUGGUGACGCCAGCUGAUGCCACGGUGGGCUGGACCCAAUCUGCUAUGCAGAGUUCCCUGAGAAGGCCUGCGUCGAGUAUAUAUUCGCAAAUGCCAGGCAUGGCCUACAAACAGGAUGCUGAUGCGCCUCCGGUCCCAUCGCUGCCAUCUUGUCACCAACAGGCUGUGAUGCCUCAGUCAGAGCCGUGCAGGCGCUCGGUCGACACGUGGGAAGCAAGCUCAUUACGCAGUGGCAGGCCCUUCUCCUCCGAGACCAUCAUCGAGGAGGACUACGCACAACAACCCAGAAACCGGCCUAUCUCUGCUGGGAGUAAAGAUGGCAUCUUACCAUCAAGCUGUGAUACAGGUCGGCCGCGGUCAAAGGGAUGGUGGAAUCUGAUCCUCUCUCCUAUGCUGUCCCGAGCUGGCACUAAUGCCACCAAGAAGGCUAUCUCUCCCUCAGAGGAAGUCCCAGCUCUUCCGUGCAUUACCCCGACAACUGGGAGAGGGCUGGGUCUGAACGAACAGACUCCGACAGAUGACAUAUCACCUGAAACUCCAAGAAGAGCAGGGCUUGGGAGCAUCAGGAAUAGCACCUGGUCGAAUUGGACUCAAUGGGAACAAGACAGAGAGCAAGCUCAGGCGUCACAACAAUCCUCUGAAUGUGCUGAAGAGACGGACACCAAAACAAUCCUCCACGGCGAACCAGAUCACAGUCGCCCAGUCCCGGUUGACGGUUGCGCUAAGAAAUCAGGCCUUGCAGCAGAGUACUAUCAAGCCUGUGCAUUUGAUCUGCUAGAUCCUAUACCCUACUUUGAAUGUGUCAAUCACGAUUGUGCAAAUGCACUUCCGAAACUAGGUGGCUCUCCAAAAGGCGUUGUGCUAGCGGAAGAUCCGAACGAUGACUUAGGCUUGAAAACCGAGGCCUCAAUGAACAAACACAUAGUCGAGCCGUCUUCGCCGCCUGAGGAAACUCGUUUGCGGUCAGAUAGUGACUCGACCAUAAUCGAGGAUGACCCGAUAGAACUUUCGCCAAAUGUGCGUAAAGCACAUGCAAGACCAUUUCUGAAAGCGGCCCAGGCUCAGAAGGUCAAUGCAUCACCGAACAAUGAUUUAGACGAGAAACAGAAAACACAGGUAGCUGUCACAGCUGCCGACGAAGCUGAGGUUCCUGCUCCCAAAUCUUCUACACCACCACCCUAUUCUCCACCUCCCGCGAAACCAAUUGUUCCACGGUAUGUGGGUAUAAUGCCACCAGAUCGUCAAUUCAUGCCCUCCUCUCCUGGACCAUUGUCUCCAGAGGCGCAUAAAGCUAUUAAUCUGAGUGGAGGAAUACCGAUGGCGCAGGUCCAGCAACCCGCUCCCACCUUUGUCAACUUCAACACCACAUAUCCGGCGGAGCUCCCUCCUCGACCAGUGGCUGCUUGUGUUUCCCUCGCAGACAUUGAAAAUCCUGUGGAGGUACGUCAGAAGGCAGAAGCUAGGCGACAACGUCUAGAGCAAGAAGAUGCCGUGGCGCAUAAGGCCGGUGGCCUCUGGCGAGGAAGAGGAUGUAUCCCUAAGCGUGGCUGCUACGGCCGAGAAGGCUCGGCAGGCAGGACACGGCGGAGGUGGUAUAUUGUUAUCGCCACAAGUCUUGUGCUAAUGAUCAUCUUAACCGUCGUGCUGGCCACGCAGCUGACACGAAAAGGUGACCAGACACCAGUGCAGAGUCAGUGGUUGAACCUUACUGGAUAUCCACCCAUGCCCACAGGCAUUUCCACCAUCGCCAGGCCUGAUGCCGCAAGCGCAGUCACGGCAUGCGUACAGCCAAGCUCAUUCUGGAGCUGUGCCUUGCCCCAAGAAGACCAAGCAAGCAAUGCACCUAGUAACCCUGACCAGCCCAACUUCAGGCUAGAGAUCAGGUUCAGAAACGGUACCGUGAACGCCAAUGGAACUGUACCCGUGGCCAGUGCUAACGACAAACGCGCAAUCAACCUGCCACGUAUGGCCAUGGUGAAGCGGCAGAAGGACCCGUUCACCAAUUCGCUCUUUACGCCUAACCCUGCACCACCUAGCUUAGCCGAGCAAGAAUUCAUUGGCAACACCACCGAUAAUAUCACCGUCCCCUUCAGCGGUGAGCCUACACCAUUCUUUCUCACUCUUCUCACGAGCGAUCCGGCGGUGCCAGAAUCCUUCAACGACACCAACCAGUCUCCAACACGACGCGUGAGACGUCAAGGUGGAUCCGGGCCAGGCAGCAUUCCUGCUCCUGCAGUACUGGUGGACGGCACAGCGGCACCGGCAAACUUGCUACCGAACAACCCGCUACCCUUCAGUCAGCCUGUCAUGCUCUACAAUCGUGGCUUAGAAAGCGAGCACUAUGGCUUCUACACCUAUUUCGACCGAAGCAUCUUUAUCAAGAGCUCCGCUGAAUUCAACUCCUCAUCGUCAUCCGCGAACAGCAGGGACGAGAAUCCCAACCGCCCAGCAGGUGGCUCAUCCAAGCAAGAUGCGGAUCUGAGAUGUACAUGGGCACAGACAAGAUUUCUGGUGCAGAUCUGGACGAACGCGAGGUUUGGUGGGCAACUCUUGCCUUCUGCGAAUGGCACUGCAACGUCUUCAGGGCCGGCCAACCCCCGCCAGGGAGGCGAUUCGAACAGUGGAAAGUCAUCUGCAACCGAUUUUAGUCGUCCCGGCAGCUUCCCCUAUCCCGUGAGCGUGACUUUAGAUCGUCAUGGUGGUGACGCUGCCAAAAAGGGGGUAUACUGCUAUAGCAUGGAUGGACAACAGAAGAUCGUGGUCAGUGAAAAGAAAUUGGUGGCUGAGCUUCGAGACGCUGGGGGCCGGCUGAUCAAUGCGGCGCCGGGUAUCUUUUCGAACACCGCGGGCGAUGACGAUGGCUUCGAUGCGAAGGCAGGAGGGAUUGAUGGAGGAACGGGAGGUUGUGGGUGUGAGUGGAGGAACUGGGUUGGGAAUGGAGGAGGACUGUGA